UACUGCUUUGUCAUCACAUGCAUUCCACUUUGCACUACAAAAUUCACUUUGGACCCUAAAAAACACCCAAAAUUUUGCCUCUCUCACAAGAAAAGCAUACACGUUUCCUCCUUCCUCAUAUAUUUGAAGACCAAAAUCCUUUUCUUUUCACCUCUCCCUUGAUCUCUCCCUCUAUUUCCUUACUCUGCUCUAAGCUUUAAGACUUAAUCCCACCUUUCAUAUAGAAACAAUCCUUUCUACUUUAAGUGCUUUUGUUAUCUAUACGAAGCCAAGUCCCUUGAAGCCUUUUACCGUAUAACUCUCUCUUCUAAGUACUAUUACUACCCCUACCUCGUGUUUCUUUACGGUGUUUUUGUCACCAUGAGAGCCGGAGGCUGCACGGUGGAGCAAGCUCUCACGCCUGAGGCUGCAAACUUGGUGAAACAAGCCAUGAGCUUGGCUAGAAGGAGAGGACAUGCUCAAGUCACACCUCUCCAUGUGGCUAGCACCAUGCUCUCCGCUCCCACUGGUUUACUUAGAACAGCGUGUCUCCAAUCUCACACGCACCCUCUUCAGUGCAGAGCCCUAGAGCUCUGCUUCAACGUGGCUUUAAACCGCCUCCCGACCUCCACGGGGAGUCCUAUGUUAGGGGUUCAAACUUCCCCUUUCCCUUCUAUCUCUAACGCUCUCGGUGCAGCUUUCAAACGCGCGCAGGCUCACCAGCGACGUGGAUCCAUCGAGAGCCAGCAGCAACCGGUUUUAGCGGUCAAUAUAGAAGUGGAGCAACUGAUUAUAUCCAUCCUCGAUGAUCCUAGCGUGAGUAGAGUUAUGAGAGAAGCUGGUUUCUCGAGUCCUCAAGUGAAAGGCAAAGUCGAGCAAGCUGUCUCUUCACAGACUUGCUCCAAAACAACCUCCUCGAGUAAACCCAAAGAAGGAACAGUCAGGAACGAGGAUGUCAUGAACGUUAUAGAGAGUCUAGUCGACAAAAGGAGGAAGAACUUCGUGAUCGUAGGAGAGUGUUUAUCCACUGUUGACAAAGUUGUGCGAACAGUGAUGGAGAAAGUUGACAAAAAAGACGUGCCCGAAGCUUUAAAAGACGUGAAGUUUAUAACUCUAUCAUUCUCCUCGUUCGGACAACCAACUAGAUUCGAUGUGGAGCAUAAGCUAAAGGAGUUGGAGACACUCGUGAGAAGCUGUGUAGGAAAAGGAGUGAUUCUAAAUCUUGGAGACCUAAACUGGUUCGUAGAGUCUAGAACGAAUAGUAACAACAACAACAACUACUGUGCUGUGGAGCAUAUGAUAAUGGAGAUAGGGAAGUUGGCUCGUGGAUUGGUCAUGGGAGAUAAUGGAAGGUUUUGGUUAAUGGGUCUUGCGACUUCAGGGACUUACGUGAGAUGCAAGUCUGGUCAACCCUCGCUUGAGUCCCUUUGGUGUCUCACUACUCUCACUAUUCCGACAACUAGUAGCCUCCGCUUGAGUCUCGUCUCCGAGAGCAGUGAGGUAGUUGAAGUCAAGAAGUCAGAGAACUCACCUCUCCAGCUGCAUUCAUUAGAGGAGCAGCUCAGUUUCUGUGAGGAAUGUUCUACCAAAUUUGAAGCAGAAGCUAGGUUUUUACAAUGCAGCAAUAGCCAUGUAACCACUGCAGCUUUACCGGCCUGGCUUCAGCAAUACAAGAAGGAGAAUCAAAGUAGUCACAAUGAUUCAGAUUCUAUCAAAGAACUUGUGGUUAAGUGGAACACAAUCUGUGAUUCAAUCCACAAGAGACCAUCUCUAAGAGCACUCACACUCUCUAGUACCCUCGACCAUCUUCAAACCAACGGCGAUUGGCCCGUGAUCGAGACAAACAAGCACCUUCAUCAUCAUUCAGUGACCUCUUGUGCAUCCGAAUUAAGACUGUUCAUUCCAGAACAUGACACCGAGCAAAGAACAGAGCUCUUCUCUUCGAAUCCUAACUCAGCAGCUUCCUCGAGCGAUGGAAUGGAGGUCGAACAUGUCUCUUCUAGGUUUAAAGAGCUGAAUGUUGAAAACCUAGCGGCACUAUGUGAUGCCUUGCGUAGCAAGGUACCAUGGCAAAAGGAUAUAAUCUCAGAGAUAGCAAACACAGUCUUGAAAUGUAGAUCGGGGUCGAGUACGAGAAAGAUCAAUGGAAAAAAUGAUACAAAAGAAGACACAUGGAUGUUCUUUCAAGGUCUUGAUGUAGAGGGUAAAGAAAAGAUCUCUAGAGAGUUGGCUAAACUCGUGUUCGGAUCACAAGAUAGCUUUGUUUCUAUCUGUUUGAGCAGUUACUCAUCGAAAGAUUUGAGGAACAAGAGGUCGAGAGAUGAACAGAACUGGAGUUACAUUGAGAGAUUCUCUGAAGCUGUUUCGUUUGAUCCAAGAAGAGUGUUCUUAGUGGAAGAUAUAGAACAAGCUGAUUAUUUGUCUCUAAUGGGUUUCAAGAGAGCCAUUGAGAAAGGAAGAGUUUGUAACUCGAGUGGUGAAGAAGCUUCACUUGGAGAUGCCAUUGUGAUCUUGAGCUGUGAAAGAUUCAGCUCAAGAUCAAGAGCUUGUUCUCCUCCGGUUAAUCAGAAGUCAUCGGACGGUUCAGAUCAAUCUGAAGACAAGAACGUUGCUACUUGCGUUACACUCGAUCUUAACCUCUCUCUUGACGAUGGCGUUUGUGAAAAAGAGUCAUGUGAUGAGAUUGGCUUGCUCGACGUUGUAGAUGGACGGUUUCAUUUCAAAUGUUCAUCAACGUAGCACCAUGCUUGUGUGCAUGUAAUGUAACAUGCCAGUUUAUGAACAUGAACAUGUUCUUUUCGAUGAUAUCAUGCGCUAUUCGUUUCCUUAGGAAUUUGUCUUUCUCAUUGGGGCAAUACUUUGGGCUAAACGUGUAGAUGUAGUUGUAGAUUUUUUUCUGGCUUAGGAACUUUUCUAGAUGGGUAUGUUUUCUUAUUUUCCGUUUAUGUAUGUUUACCCUAUUUUAAAACAAAUGCCUUUUCCCU